AUGGAGAAGAUAAACAGAAAAGUAGCACAGUCGCUGCUGACGUUGUGUACGUCUGAAUUUGGCAUGUAAAUGUUUGUGUAACGCAGCGUUGCGUGCCAUAUUUCCUAAAUAAAUUAGUGUUUUAUUGAAGCUCCGCCGCCAAGGGAGAAGCUAAUGGUCGUGACAACAUGGACAGUGGCCUGAGUCCCCAGGAUAAAAAAGACUUGGACAAGUUCAUUAAAUUCUUUGCCUUGAAGACUGUCCAGGUGAUUGUCCAAGCUCGUCUUGGAGAGAAGAUCUGCACUCGCUCGUCCUCAUCGCCGACUGGCUCUGACUGGUUUAAUUUGGCUAUCAAAGACAUCCCAGAAGUGACUCAUGAAGCCAAGAAGGCGCUGGCCGGCCAACUUCCAGGCAUCGGACGCUCCAUGUGUGUUGAGAUCUCCCUGAAGACUUCAGAGGGAGACUCGAUGGAGUUAGAGACUUGGUGCCUGGAGAUGAAUGAAAAGUGUGAUAAGGACAUCAAGGUGUCAUACACAGUUUACAACCGUCUGUCUGUCCUCCUGAAGUCUCUGCUGGCCAUCACCAGAGUCACACCUGCGUAUAAACUCUCCAGAAAGCAGGGACACGAUUAUGUCAUAUUAUACAGGAUUUAUUUCGGAGAAGUUCAGUUGAGUGGAUUAGGAGAAGGUUUUCAGACGGUGCGUGUCGGCGUCGUUGGCACUCCUGUCGGCACAGUCACACUUUCAUGUGCUUACCGCACCAACCUGGCAUUUAUGUCCAACAGACAGUUUGAGCGGUCGGCUCCGAUCAUGGGGAUCAUUGUAGAUCACUUUGUGGAUCCUCCCUGCAGCAGCCAGCGACCUGCAAACAUGGGGCAUCCCUGCAACUACAGAGCUCCAGAUGAGGAGGACGGAGGAUAUGCAGGAGUUCAGGAUUCCCAGGAGGUCUGCACCACCUCCUUCUCCACCUCCCCUCCCUCUCAGUGUGUGUGUACACUGAGUCCUUCGCCCUCUAAACUGUCCAAGCCCCUCCCUCUGGACAGUCUGCCGCUUCCAUUGGCUCCUGGACUUGUCACUCACACUCUGUAUGCUUCCAGGUUAUCAUAUCAGCCUCCAGCUCUAGCAGGAGCUGCUGAGAUUUGUCACCCUGCUGCCAAUCCAAACCAGAUGUUGCAUGCUGGGAAGGAUCAUGGAGGGGUUGUGUUGGUUCCCACGCAGCCUCUUCAUGCAGCUGAUGCUCAUCUGACAGCAGAGCAUGCCGCCAACACACCUGGCAGCAGUGGUGAUGAUGACGGCCUGUCGCACAGCGGAGAAAGACGGAGGGAUGAAGGGAGGAGGAGUGUUUCUCCCUCUGACCCUGUGGAGUCUCUCAACGCAUUUACAAGGAAAAUCGGAGCCUUUGUCAAUAAACCCAACACACAGAUAACGGCAGCCAGUCUGGACCUGCCAUUUGCUGAGUUUGCUCCUCGAGGCCUGGACUCAGAGGAGAAUGAUCCCAUGGUGCAGCCUCCAGACUCUCCUCCGUGCCCGUCCCCCCUGCAGGCCAGCCUCCAUUCUCAGGGCUCAGAGGGAUCGGGGCAGCAGGAUGACUUUGUCAUGGUCGACUUUCGUCCAGCCUUCUCUAAAGACGACUUGUUGCCGAUGGAUCUGGGAACUUUCUACAGAGAGUUUCAAAACCCUCCACAGCUGGCCAGCCUCUCACUACACAUCAGCUCCCAGUCAAUGGCCGAUGACCUGGACUCGCUGCCAGAGAAAUUGGCCGUUUAUGAGAAAAACAUCGACGAGUUUGACGCUUUUGUGGACAUGCUCCAAUAGAGGAGGAGGACUACAUGUGCGGACAGACUAAACGGAUGGUGGCAAAUGAUACUGAAAAAUAUUGAAUGAAAGGAAGAAGCUGACUGGAGGCUCUGUAAUCAUUUGUCCUGUGAGAAUCAGACUAAAUCACCAUAUUCAAUAUGAAGCUCCUCAUUUCUGACAUUUCCCCCUCUCUUACCCUCCUGUCAGGCACGUUCACCUCGCUUAACAGCUUGUACAGUCCACUGUAAAUACUGUAUUAUCUCCUCCGACACUGGCAUACCCCCUCUCUGGUCUGGUAGUGUUAAUUUAAUCUAUUAUUUUCUAUGUGGCACAAAUCUCGUCAUCAGUGUUUAAUCAGGACUUCAAUCAACUCUGUCACGUUAGACAGCCAUGCAAUUCACGGACGGACUAUCUGCACUUUUUGUUAAACUGUAGUUCACAAAACUUCCUCCCUGCUGAACACUGCUCGCCUCCUGAAGGUUUCCUUUGGCCUUUCUGAUCAUAUCCGAGGUGAAAAAUCUGUGAAACACACUUCAAAUCUUGGAGAGGUGGUCAAAUAAAUUGCACUUAGCCUCACAGUGGAUACCAGUCCUUUGCAAAUAAGUGUUGUAAUUAAGAAACUUCCUGCUUUACAUUCUCAAAAUUGACAAAAAGCAGUUGUGGGGUUCUCAAAGGCAUCUUGAUUAUAAGUCUGUCAUUCAUAUCCUCGAGCCAUUUGUUCCCAGCUGGUCUGGGCAUUUAACCCUCUGAAACCUGGAGCAACACAGCUUUUCUCGUGCUGCUGUCAGGCGCCUCUCAAAAAUAUUUAAACCUUUGAGCCCUGAGCAAAUUGAUGCGAUUUCUUUCAGAAACAUGAGGAAAAUGGUAA